AAAGAGGGGUUUGUGUGGCUGUGUGGUUGUGGGGUUCCUUUAUAAGGGAGGAAUUCCAUGCGAUGUAGAGAGAUAGGCAUGGCGGGGCAAUCGCGGAAGUGGAUGAUCCUGGUGGCCAGCAUAUGGAUUCAGGCAUUCACCGGCACCAACUUCGACUUCUCCGAGUACUCCUCUUCCUUGAAAUCCCAUCUCAACAUCUCUCAGCUGCAACUCAACUACCUCGCCACCGCCAGCGACAUGGGCAAGGUCUUCGGUUGGUCCUCUGGCCUCGCUCUCAUCCACUUACCGCUCUCCCUCGUCUUGCUCAUCGCCUCCUCCAUGGGCUUCAUCGGCUACGGCCUCCAGUGGCUCGCCAUCAAAAAUCUCAUCACCUUGCCUUAUUCUCUCUACUUUCUUCUGUGUCUGUUGAGUGGUUGUAGCAUCUGUUGGUUCAACACAGUAUGUUUUGUUCUCUGCAUUAGGAAUUUCCCGGUUAACAGACCCCUUGCAUUAUCACUCACUGUGAGCUUCAAUGGUGUGAGUGCAGCACUCUACACACUUGCUGCCAAUUCAAUAGACCCUUCAUCUGAUGCACUGUAUCUGCUCCUGAAUGCCCUUGUUCCUCUUCUCACUUCCCUUGUAGCACUAGUCCCAAUUCUUCUCCAACCCCCUUUAGACUCUCUCAAUAGAUCUCCAGAAGCUUCUCGCAGGAACUCUGUGAUAUUUCUAGUACUCAACUUCCUAGCCAUUUUCACUGGUAUUUACCUCCUCCUCUUUGGCUCAACAACUUGUGAUGAAUCCACGUCGAGGCUCUACUUUGGUGGUGCCAUUUUGCUCCUCAUUUCCCCACUAUGUAUCCCUGGAACUAUAUAUGCUCGAGAUUGGUUUCACCAUGCCAUCCAUUCCAGCUUUCGGAUGGAAGGUUCCGGCUUCAUUCUUGUUCAUGUUGAUGAUCUUGAGCUUCAUAAGGAACUCCUCACAUGUCAAAACAGCGCUCUAAGUCUCAGUAAUGGGGACAGUCAUGGCCUGCUGAGUGAGAAUGGAUCCAUUUAUGUAAUUAGUCAGAGUGCAAAAUCUAGUGAUUUGUGUUGUGACAAGAUGUUUGGCCAGGAUCAGUUGGCAAUGCUAGGUGAAGAGCACACUGCUGCAGUGGUUGUCCGGAGGUUGGAUUUCUGGCUCUAUUAUGUUACAUACUUCUGUGGAGGCACAAUUGGACUUGUUUACAGCAAUAAUCUGGGGCAGAUAGCUCAAUCUUUAGGCCUCAGUUCAAGCAUAUCUACCCUUGUCACACUAUACUCGGCAUUUUCCUUCUUUGGCCGCUUGCUUUCAGCUGUACCAGACUAUAUUCGAAAUAAGUUCUACUUUGCAAGGACCGGAUGGCUAGCCAUUGCACUUGUUCCAACCCCAGUUGCGUUCAUAUUGCUUGCUGUAUCAGACAGUGCCGCUGCGCUUAAAACAGGCACUGCAUUGAUUGGUUUGAGUUCUGGCUUCAUAUUCGCGGCUGCUGUGGCAGUUACAUCGGAGCUAUUUGGACCCAACAGUGUGAGUGUCAAUCACAACAUUCUCAUAACAAAUAUCCCCAUUGGGUCGCUUCUGUAUGGUUUUCUGGCUGCGUUGAUUUAUGAUGAGAAUGCUUACAAUGUCCCGGGAGAGUUAAUGGCUGACACACUGGUGUGCAUGGGAAGAAAGUGCUACUUCUGGACAUUUGUCUGGUGGGGAGGAAUGUCUGUCCUAGGACUUACUUCUAGUGUGUUGUUGUUCUUGAGAACCAAACACGCGUAUGAUCGCUUCGAGAGACAUCGGAUUUCAGCGCAAUCAGUUGUGUCUUAGACUUUAGCACAGGUCAUAGAAUUGUUGAUAGUUCAAGGUGGAUUGUAUAGGAGCUAUGAUUUUUUAGGCAGAGCUGAAGCAAGGGAGAGUGAGGAUUUUGUUUCUCUCUCUGGCAAUGCACCAAACAGGAAAACAAUUAAAAACAAAGCAUGUAAAUAAGGAUGGAACGUUGAAGCUUUGGAAGCAUGAGGUUUGAAGAAAUAUGCAACAAUGAAACCUUGAGUGAGGUCUUGCCACCAUGAGUUGGGUCAAUGUGAGCAGAUAAACUCUCUGCUAUGUACAUAGUAUACAUAGUUUUAUGUUUUCUAAUAGCUGCUGAACAAGCAGAGGCAAGAUGUAUACAAUAUAUAUGCUUUGGCCUUUAAGAUGCCACCUGCCCAUGAAAUAGUCUAUAAAUUUUAAGAGAUUUAUUUACAAAUCUCGGCAUAAAAAAAAUA